AUGCGGGCCCUCUAUCGAACGCGGUCCCAGUCCUCGUACCUGGUACAACAGCCAUGCAGCCGUUCACCUUGUCUUCUUCGGCCCGGGCUUAAGCUUUCAACACUAGCGAGAGUAAAAGGACCUCUUUCCCCUCCACUGCUCGAGGAAACCGUCGGGGAGAACUUCGCACGCAUUGUAUCAGCCCACGGCGACCGACAGGCCGUGAUAUCGCGACACCAGAACGAACGUCUGACAUACGACCAGCUCGAUCGAGACAGUAACGUGUUGGCCAGGGGCCUUGCAAGCCUUGGAGUCGGCAAAGGCGACAGGGUAUGCGUAUCACUAGGGAACAACUUGGAAUUUGCAACCAUCACAUACGCCCUGUUUAAGCUGGGAGCCAUCCUGGUCCCGCUGAACCCGGCAUUCACAUCGGCCCAGAUCAUUUCAGCGCUUAACCAUUUAUCCGCCACGCAUCUAGUCAUUGGGACCGAGACGAAUCUACCAUACAAGCCGCCUCGAUCCAAUGUGCCACUUUUGGAAUCUCUGGUACCGGACCUGGCAACAUCAAGCCCAUGUAUCUCGUCAGAAGCAAUCCCGACCCUGAAGCAUAUUGUCGUCGUGAACAAUUCGGCCGGGCGUAUCGAUACAACGAAAUUCCGGGCCAUCACGCCCUGGUCGGCUAUUUCCAAAGACUCGGACAGCAGUCCGGUGAUACUGUCUGAGCCGCUUUCGAAUCGAGAAGUCGUAAAUAUCCAAUUCACGUCGGGGACGACGUCGACUCCCAAGGCUGCCUGUCUGACGCAUCGGUCGAUCCUCAACAACGGCAAUCAGAUCGGUGAUCGGAUGCAUUUGACACCACGGGACAUUGUCUGCUGUCCACCGCCUCUGUUCCAUUGCUUCGGUUGUAUUCUCGGGUACAUGGCGACCCCGACGCAUGGCUCAGCCAUACUGUUCCCGACCGAGGCGUUCGAUCCCAUGGCCACGCUGAAAGCCGUGCAGGAGGAAAAGGCAACGGCUCUCUAUGGAGUGCCCACCAUGUUUCUUGCUGAGCUCGAGCUGAUUGACGACGAGAAGAUCGCCUACGAAGGCUUUGAGCAUUUGCGGACAGGUAUUGCCGCGGGGUCAUCGGUGCCUGCCGAAUUGAUGCGCAGACUCCACAAGACGCUCAAUCUGACCGAGCUGACCAUCUGCUAUGGAAUGACCGAAACCUCGCCGGUGUCGGCCAUGACAACGACCGACGACCCGAUCGACAAGCGGAUCAAUACCGUCGGCCGACUCCUCCCACAUGUGGAAGCAAAAGUCGUGGAUCCAUUCGAUCACGACAAACUCCUCAAUAUAGGCGAACGAGGUGAAUUGGCCGUCCAUGGAUACUUGGUCAUGAAGGAGUAUUGGGGCCAACCGGACAAGACCGCCGAGGUCAUGAAGGCAGACCAGGAGGGCAAGGUAUGGAUGCAUACUGGUGAUGAAGCUUCGAUCGAUGAGGACGGUUAUGUGAGCAUUACUGGUCGUAUUAAGGACCUGAUCAUCCGUGGUGGUGAAAACAUUCAUCCUCUGGAAAUUGAGAAUUGUCUCUUUGCCAAUGACAAAAUAGCAGAAGUCAGUGUGGUUGGAUUGCCGGAUAAAAAAUAUGGUGAAGUCGUCGCCGCCUUUAUUGUUCGCAGGCACCAUUUACCCGCCGGUCAAACCCCCAUCACUACCGAAGAGGUCAAGCGCUGGGUUAGGGAUCGUAUGAGCCAUCAUCUGGUCCCUAAGUAUGUCUUCUUUGUGGAUGACUAUCCAAAGACCGCAAGUGGAAAGAUUCAGAAAUUCAAGCUGCGUGAGAAGGGGGUCCAGCUGCUCGAGGAAGCAGCAGCAGCCAGCUACAGCUAA